CUCAAUUUCAAUUUCUGAUUCCCCAAAACAGUCGGGUAUAUUUAGAAAAACCCAAGCCUAAAAUACAAGAUCCGUAGAUCUGCGUUCUCUCUUCCGUAUUCAAAACCAUGUCUCUUGGAAAAGCAGCGAAGAUCGACAAUGUGGAGCGAAUAUCGACCAGUCACAAAGAUCGUCGUUUUAAAUUGGAAAAAGCAGCUAAAGAGCGGGUUCUCUCUAAGAAUUUUCCCGAUGUGUCUUUGUCGGACGAGGUAAAAAACAGUUUGGUGGAAAAGUUAGGAAACUCUUUUUGGGCAUUCGUAGAAGAUGAUUCGUUGGAAGAUGAAGUAGAGGAUUUGUUGGUAUGUGAAGAAAAGGCUUUGUUGGAACAUGAAGAAAAGGCUGUGUUGGACGAGCUAGCCAAGGCAAAUUUGGAAGAGGAAGAAAAGGCUUCUGGUACCAAUUCAAUAGGAGACAAGAAACCUUCUUUCACAGGUAUAGACUAUGAAAGUGCAUAUCCAGACAACACUGACUCUAAUCGAGAAUUUCUUAAAGAUCGAGAAUUUCUUAAAGAUAUUGAUUGCGCACCUAUCGAACUAGGAGAUGAAAUGGAUUGGGGAGUUUGUAGAGUUUGUUUGAAGGAAAAUGAGCACCAUUUUUCACAUUGCCCGUACCUUUUCUUUGGUGUCCCGGACGGCGCAACUAUUGGACCUGGGUAUGCAUUAGCCUGCAAGGAAUGUUAUGAGGUGGAUGGCCACCCUGACAGACCCUGGGAAGCGAUCGCUGUUAGAAGGGUGUGCGACUUUUGCAUAUGGCGUGCACAUUGGACUGAAGACUGCCCAUAUCAGGUACCAGAGGGCGAUCGUGCUUUAUUGAGUACAAACCAAAUAAGCACAAACUAGUAGCUCCGUGAUUAUAUAUAUGUAUAUGGCUAGUUUGCAAUGCAAGCCUUGCAUUUUAAGGAAUGGUGUUCCCUUUGAUCACUUUCCAUUUAAUAUGUUCUCAAGACAAUGAUCUAUGUAUGUUUUGUCAUAUGUAGCCACCAGUGAUUUUGCCAGUUA